AUGAGCGAGCGCUGGGACGUCGGCCGGACCCUGGCCCUGUCUGGCCUGUUCCGCCUGCUGCAGGGCGCGGGCAGCGCCUGCGCCGGCCCGUUCCUCACGCUGUACCUGCGGCACCUGGGGCUGUCGCCGGCGCUGGUGGGCGUCGCGGCCGGAGCCAAGCACCUGGCCGCAGCUCUCUGGGCUGCGAUUGGCUUCUGCCCCAAGGGCCGCGGGAAGCGGCGGGUGCUGGUUGCCCUCGCUUUGCUGGGCUCGGCGGUGGCCAGCCUGCUGCUCAGCCUCAUCCCGGCCGCCGGCGGGGCCGCGGGGGACGGCCGCUGUAACGCCGCCGCGCUGCCCGCUCCGGGCGCCGCCAGUGGCCGUGUCCUAAGCACGAGCGCUGUUACGGAGACAAAAGCUGUGUCGAAAGAGAGGGUGGAGGCAACUGCCGAUGUUUUGACGGAGAGCAGAAAGGCAGCACUAACCAGUUCAGCCUUCCCGGAAUCACUUGGCCAGAUAGAUACGCUUGGGGAAAAAAGUAGAGGGGCUGGUGAAGGUGACACGAAGACAAAUGGUUCCUCAGAUGGCCUCUCUGGCUGGACACCUGUGAAAGCAGUUAACUGGGAGACACAAAACUCAGAAAUGCCAUUUUCCUCCAGACCUGUCAUACAUGGACUCGAGGAGAAAGCGAGCAGUCUUGGUUCUGCUGCAAUAGAUCCUACUGAGGAAAGCCUUCGUGCCUCUGAAAGCAAGGAGCGCCUUUUGUUUAAAACAACUGUUCCUGCUCUUGAAGGUGCUUAUGUGUCUGGAAACCUUUCAGACCACCAGCAAGACACUCAGGAUGUCAGCUUUAAGAGAAGACAAAACAUCUUUCAGACUUUUCUAAUGGUCCUGGGUACUGUGGUGCUUUGGGAGCUGCUGGCUACUUUUGUCAAGCAGACGGUGAAUGAAGGUCUCUAUGAAUAUCUCGACUUUGUUGAUGCAACAGACAGGUACAGCAAGCUGUGGAUUUGCAGUUACCUGGGUGAGGCUGCAGGUGCCUGCAGCAUUGCUGCGUUCGUGGAUCAAAUGAGCUGCUUUCUUGGCGGUAGGAUCAGCCGCCUUGCUGUCCAUUUCUAUGGCUAUGCUCUCCUGACGACUCUCUCCUUGUUUGUCAGUGUCUUUUUUCCCAUCCACGUUCCCAAGAAAACCACCAACCGUGUGAACAAAACAGCCAAAGCCCUCACCCUGCUGUGGGGCGAUGGCCGAGCCAUCCUGUGUGCCCUCACCGUCUUCCUCACCGGCGCGGCAGCAGCGGCGGUGCACAACUUUCUCUUCUGGCAAAUGCAGGACAGAGGCAGCAGUGAGCUGUACAUGGGGCUCUUUGUGGCCAUUGGGCUACUAGCUGAAAUUUGCCUUCAUUUCUUCAAAGAAAAGUUGCUGAAGGCUUUGUCAAGCAGCAAGAUUGUUGCCAUCAGCCUGAGCCUCCUGGCAGCGCAGCUCCUGUGUUACUCCUUUCUGUGGACUGUGUGGUCAGUUCUCCUCAUCCAGCUUUUAUCUGCCUUCAGCAGCGGAGCUUUGUGGUGGGUGGUUGGCAUGAGUGUGGAUGACAUUGCCACUCCAGGCAUGGAGAGGUCCCUCUGUGCUGUUCUCCGGGGCCUGUGCCACAGUGGAGGAGCGAGCCUGGGCAGUUUUGCAGGAGGAUUUGUUGUGAAGCACUUUGGCCUGGCAGUUCUGUACAGGGCGUGCUCUGUGUGCCUGAUGCUGUGGCUCUUCUUGUUCUUAUUUGUCCAAUCUAAACUGCCACGGCAGAAAAAGAUUAAUUAUUCUCGUCUCCUGGCUGACAACUCCAGUGACACGAGUGACUCUGACAAGGAGGACGAGAGUGGCUGGUGAAAGCUAUGAAAGCUAAAAGCUUUAAUAGGAAUUGAUCCUGACUGCAUGGGAUCAGCAAAUCUGUACUUGAAUGG